AUGUCAGAAAGAUUCCAAGAUGCCACUUUAUCUGGUAUUUUGGGUACAAUUUCUAUCUGUUUUUGGAUAUGUGCUCAAUGUCCACAAGUCCUAGCUAACUACCGGCACAAACACGUUGAUGGGAUGUCACGCGAGUUCCUAGCGAUCUGGUUUUUAGGCGACUUGACGGCAUUGGCAGGAUGUUUGAUGACAUCACAGCUUCUGUUCCAGACUCUUUUGGCCUCAUAUUACAUAUUUAUGGAUCUCGUCUUGGCCGCGCAGUACUAUCUCUACUCAUCAGCCGUCACCCAAGAGCUGAUAGGCAUAGAACCAGAAGACCUCUCUCUGGACAACUCAAACCGCCGGGACAGCAAUGCAAAGUCCAGCUACACCCGUCGCAUAUUUGCUGCCACACCCUUUGUUGCUCUGUUUGGCACUGGCGAAGGCGCUCCGGUUGGCUACGCCCAAGAAGCUUUUGCGCACACUAGCGUCCAAGUCGGGGUGUACAUUUCGUAUUUUUCUGGAACAUUGUACCUCGUCUCACGGCUGCCCCAAAUUUUGCAUAACUAUAGACUCAAAUCAUGCGGAUUGUCUGUCGCAUUGGUAUCCUGCGCCCUGAUGGGUAACCUGUUUUAUUCCCUAUCUAUUUGUUUAUCGCCUGAAGCUCUAGGCCCUGAUGGACAUGAGUUUCUUCAAAAUGAACUGCCAUUCCUGAUCGGGUCUGCCGGCACACUGAUUCUGGACCUGUUUAUCUUGGGCCAGUUCUUCUGGUACAGGACGUCUUCGCUAGAACCAGAAACCGACAGCACUGCUCGUUUGAGAGCUGCGGUUAACAGAUCUCACCCAGACCAUAAAAGGAAGCUGCUGCUCUCCCAUCAAUCUAUUUAUUCCGAUCUCGAACUCCCCUAA